UUUGGCUAUAAAUCAUAACCUUCACCAUAACCAUCACCAUCACCAUCACCAUCUCGUUUUCAUAUAUAAACACUUGCUCCAAUCUGAACCAAAAAUAACGAGAAAAAUCUACGACGAUGUCCGGUGAAGUCAUUCGAUGCAAAGCUGCGGUGGCAUGGGAAGCCGGGAAGCCACUGGUAAUAGAAGAAGUGGAAGUGGCGCCACCGCAAAAAAUGGAAGUCCGAUUGAAGAUCCUCUUCACCUCUUUGUGUCACACCGAUGUCUACUUUUGGGAAGCUAAGGGACAAAAUCCCUUGUUUCCUCGCAUAUUAGGCCAUGAAGCCGGAGGAAUUGUAGAGAGCGUAGGUGAAGGUGUGACAGAGCUGCAACCAGGGGACAAAGUCCUCCCAGUAUUCACCGGAGAAUGUGGGGAGUGUCGCCAUUGUAAGUCUGAAGAGAGCAAUAUGUGUGAUCUUCUCCGGAUUAAUACUGAUAGGGGUACAAUGAUAAACGAUGGAAAAACAAGAUUCUCAAAAGAUGGAAACCCGAUUUACCAUUUUCUUGGAACCUCAACUUUCAGCGAGUACACAGUUGUUCAUUCUGGUUGUGUUGCUAAGAUCAAUCCUGAUGCUCCCCUUGACAAAGUCUGUGUUCUUAGCUGUGGGAUUUCCACUGGCAUGGGUGCAACCCUGAAUGUUGCUAAACCUAAAAAGGGCAUGACUGUUGCUGUAUUUGGGCUAGGAGCUGUAGGGCUUGCUGCAGCUGAAGGAGCUCGGAUUGCUGGGGCUUCAAGGAUCAUUGGUAUUGACCUAAAUGAGAGUAGAGCCGAUGAAGCUAAGAAGUUUGGUGUUACCGAGUUUGUGAAUCCUAAAGAUCAUGACAAACCGAUCCAAGAGGUCAUUGUUGCAAUGACUGAUGGUGGAGUUGAUAGGAGUGUGGAGUGCACCGGAAAUGUUAGGGCAAUGAUUUCGGCUUUUGAAUGUGUUCACGACGGUUGGGGUGUGGCAGUUCUUGUUGGUGUGCCAAGUAAAGAUGAUGAAUUCAAAACUCUUCCUAUAAAUUUCUUGAAUGAGAGGACUCUGAAGGGUACAUUCUUUGGCAACUAUAAACCCCGAACAGAUAUUCCUGGUGUUGUUGAAAAGUACAUGAACAAGGAAAUAGAAGUGGAGAAGUUUAUAACUCACCAGGUUGGUUUCUCGGACAUCAACAAAGCAUUUGACCUCAUGCUUAAAGGAGAAAGUCUCCGUUGCAUCAUACAAAUGGAUGCAUAGAUCCCUUUGUUGGGUGUUUUACUAUGUUAGCGGUGUUGGUCCAAUCAUGUAACAAAGUUUAUAGCGAAUAAUGUAUAGAGGAAUAAAAGUAAUAACGAAGUUUAUAGCGAAUAAUAUAUAGAGGAAUAAAAGUAAUGGGACGUGUAAUGCCCUUGAAGCUUAAUGUUGUUUAUGGGAAUGUGUAACCUAAA